UUCAAAGUAAAACUCAGCAGCCAAACGCGAGUUUUGUUACGCAAAUUAAAUAAAAUAUAAUUGAAACAACUUCCCAAGUUGUUGUUUUAACGGAAAAUCAGAUUCGUACGUUUUAAGCUUUUUAUCUUAUAUUUUCAUUUAGAUUAAAUAAAAUCUUAAGCUCUGAUGUGAAGGUGGAGAGUGAUAUCUCAGUGGAAUAAGAGGAGCGCUCACAACAACCAAGGGAUGAAAAUAUCGCACAGGCUUUUAAGUUGAAUUCUGUGAAGCAGUGAAAAUCCUAAGAGGGUUCGAAAACAUGGCUGAACUGCAGAGUGGAAAUGGCAGAAUGGACCUAAAUGAAUCAAAAUCCUCUUCAGUGAAAAACGUCAUCAUACCUGCAGACUCUACUGAAUCGUCGACAGUGAAGUGCAUCGGGUUAUCAGUUAGUGAGUGUGACAGAACUAGAGUUAAUGACAGCGAGCUGUCUCCAACCGACGAUGCCUCUACUGCAGAAAACUCACGGCUUCUUCAGCCACAGCCUGCUUCUAAACUUCUUGCUUUGGAUUUAGCUUUGCAAAGUGCAGAGGUUCCAGUAGAGAGGCUGUUGGUGAGGGAUGCAGGCAGUUUGGUGUGUGAUGCUCUACCCAUCUGUACUCAGAUACCUCCAUCCAUACACAUCUCAGCUUCACUCUGCACCACAUGCAGUUUUCACCCACAUCAUAACACCACCUCCACUGCUUCAAAGAGUGAACACGGCCUGAAAACUGCUAAAGCUAACCACCAAGAGUCGGCUGGAGACGACCUGUGUGCAUCCCUUGUGCUGGCCUGUCUGUUUUGUCGGGGUGAGGAGUGUGUAUCUGCCGCAGCAGAUGUGCUGCAGCAGUGUGUGAGCUUUCUGUGUGCUAAACUGUGCUGCUGUGACCCUGCUUCUCUGGAGCCUGUUCUGGAGGUGUUUCCCAGCUGUGACCCGGCUGGAUGCCUUGACCCACACUGCUGCCUCUGUGGAGAAUGCUCAGUGUGUGAACUCUGUCUUCAUGCUACAGAGUGUCUGGAGUUAGGCAUGGAGGUUUCCCAGCUUCUCUUUCACUGAAACACUUGUCACACUCUCCUGCAUGUACAAUCAUACAAAUAAAAGAACCUGUACUGUGAGAAUUAUUUUUUAUUCCACCAAGAACUCCUAUAAAGCAUCUAAAAGAGCUCUUAAUGAUUCU